AUGGAGAAGAGGGAGCGCUCCGCUGGGGACUAUUUUGUGCAGAGGAGGGUUCUGGAUGAGGUUGGUCUGGAUGAAGUGGCUCAAAAAGGGACGUGGGCCCCCAAACCGAGGCUGGCUGAGCGGCUGAAGGAGUCCCUGAGGUGCUCGGCUCCUCGGCUGAAGCAGGCGGCGCUGAGCUGGAUCCCCGUCCUCGGCUGGCUGCCCCGCUACUCGCUCCGAGAGAACGCCAUCGGGGACCUGGUCUCUGGCUGCAGCGUGGGCAUCAUGCAUCUGCCUCAGGGCAUGGCCUACGCCCUGCUGGCCUCGCUGCGCCCCGUCUUCGGCCUCUACACCUCGCUGUACCCGGUGCUCGUCUACUUCAUCUUCGGCACCUCCAGACACAUCUCCAUCGGUACCUUUGCCGUGAUCAGCAUCAUGAUUGGCAGUGUGACAGAGCGUCUGGCUCCAGAUUCGGCCUUCAUGGUGAACGGAACCAACGAGACAGGAAGUGUGGACCUGGAGGCCCGCGACGCCUUCAGGGUGGAGGUCGCCUGCUCCCUGACGCUGCUGACGGGGCUCUUUCAGAUCCUGCUGGGCGUGGUGAGGUUCGGCUUCGUGGUCACGUACCUGUCGGAGCCGCUGAUCCGCGGCUACACGACGGCGUCGGCGUGCCACGUGUGCGUGUCCCAGCUCAAGUACCUGUUUGGAGUGACGCCGGCUCGCUUCACGGGGCCUCUCGCCCUCCUCUAUACUCUGGUGGAUAUUUGCCGGCUGCUGCCACAGACUAGAGUGCCAGAGCUGGUGGUCAGCCUGGUUGCUCUGUCUGUCCUCAUCGUGGUCAAAGAGAUCAACGGCUGCUACAGGCAGAAGCUGCCUCUUCCCAUCCCCAUCGAGCUCAUCGUGAUCAUAGCAGCGACAGCCAUCACCCACUUCUGUGGACUCACCAGUAAAUACAGCGUGGACGUGGUCGGGGAGAUUCCCAGUGGACUCAAAGCCCCUCGAGCUCCGGACGCCUCGCUGUUCUCUCAGGUCAUCGGCGAUGCGUUCGCCGUGGCCAUCGUGGGCUACGCCAUCAACAUCUCUCUGGGCAAAACAUUCGCCCUCAAACACGGAUACAAGGUGGAUAGUAACCAGGAGCUCGUGGCUCUGGGCCUCAGUAACACCGUCGGAGGAUUCUUCCAGUGUUACUCCGUCACGUCGUCCUUAUCACGCAGCCUCGUCCAGGAGAGCACCGGGGGCAAGACACAGGUUGCGGGGUUGAUUUCGUCCAUCAUCGUGCUCGUCACAGUUUUGAAAAUAGGUUCUCUCUUUUCAGAUCUCCCCAAGGCUGUCUUGUCCACAAUCGUGUUUGUGAAUUUGAAAGGAAUGUUCCGGCAGCUGUCGGACGUGCCUCUGCUGUGGAGGACCAACCAGGUGGAUCUGCUGGUGUGGCUGGUCACGUUCUUCAGCACCAUCCUGCUCAACCUGGACCUGGGUUUGGCCGUCUCCAUCGGCUUCUCAAUGCUCACCGUCAUCUUCAGAAUGCAACUGCCCCGCUACUCCAUCCUGGGCCACAUUCCAGGCACUGACCUGUAUUUGGACACGGAAACCUACAAGGAGUCUGCUCUGAAACCCUGGAAGCCAGCCAGCUGGAAGGCGGAGUCCGGGAUUGAUCCACAGAGCCAGGUGUCCGUGAAGCACACAAGGGAGGAGGACAAGUCUCUGUCUCUCCCCACCGGCAGCCGGAUGCACAGUGAGCGGACGUUGGAGGGGAACAUGCCCGGCAGCGCUGUGCGGAAUCCUCGAGCGCUUCAGCCCGUUUCCCCCGUUUCACUGCGUGGGCUAAGCUCGUCUCUGGUGAAAGAGCUCCGGGAAUCGCAGCAGAAAGCCAUCUGCGGCGCCAAGGCAGCUGAAGCUCGUCUGGAGGUCGGGCCUCUGGCUCAGCUGGAACAGGAGGAGCAUCGUCUGCCGACCUGGGAACUUGUCAGACGUCUGGAGGGCGUCAUCAGACCGCCACGCGGGAACUGGAAACACUUCAGCAACGUGUGGGGAACUGACCGCUCCUCUUGCCAUGCCUGA